AUGUCCAGCUCACGAAGGCUCCCCGUGAGCAUACCAGACCUUCGCAAACAGUUGAGCCUCCAACGACCAGUCAGGCGAAGACCCGUUAUCACACUCUCGCAAUGUCUCGAUGCUUUCCAGAAGAUCCUACUUGCGCUGUUCAUACUUCGAUAUACUAGAAAGACCUUCAUACAGCUUCGCGGAUACGGGAUACUAGGAUCGGUACGGCAGCUCUACCGCGAUGUGUACAGAAGACUCUACGCUCUCUUCCUACGGCUGCCCUUCGUACAGGCCAAGGUGCAGGCGCAAGUACAGAAGACCGUGGUUGAGCUGCAGGAGAAGCUUGUACCAUCGGGACCUGGUGUGACACAGUACACUGCUCUGCCCGCGUCAGGAUGGACGGGCGAGCAGGUACGGACGGAGCUGGAGAAGCUGGGCGAUAUGAAGCACACACAGUGGGAGAAGGGGAGAGUGUCCGGAGCGGUAUACCAUGGCGGCGAUGAGCUCUUGACGUUACAGAGCGAGGCGUUCAAGAGGUUCGGUGUUGCAAAUCCCAUCCACCCAGACGUCUUCCCUGGCGUACGGAAGAUGGAGGCGGAAGUAGUAGCCAUGACACUCGGCCUCUUCAACGCGCCUGAAGGCGGAGCAGGUGUCACCACAAGCGGAGGGACAGAGAGUAUCAUCAUGGCCGUCCUUGCUGCACGUCAGAAGGCCUACCACGAACGCAGCGUGCGCGAACCGGAAAUGAUCCUCCCAGACACUGCGCACACGGCCUUCCGCAAAGCAGCAGAGUACUUCAAGAUCAAGUUGCAUCUCGUACCCUGCCCAGCACCGUCCUACAAAGUCCAGAUCUCGACAGUCAGCCGCCUCAUCAACAGCAACACCAUCAUCCUCGUCGGCAGCGCUCCGAACUUCCCACACGGCAUCGUCGACGACAUCCCCGCCCUCUCCCGCCUUGCUCUCAAGCACAAACUCCCGCUCCACGUCGACUGCUGCCUCGGCUCCUUCAUCAUACCCUUUCUCGCCCGCGCCGGCUUUCCUGCGCCAGACUUCGACUUCAAAGUCCCCGGCGUCACGAGCAUAAGCGUCGACACGCACAAAUACGGCUUCGCACCGAAAGGCAACAGCGUUGUGCUCUACCGCUCCGCCGCUUUGCGGAGGUAUCAAUACUACGUCUGCCCCGACUGGGCUGGUGGUGUCUACGCUUCACCCAACAUGGCUGGCUCACGUCCCGGAGCGCUGAUCGCGGGCUGCUGGGCGAGUUUGAUGAAGAUGGGCGAGGACGGGUAUCUGAGUACUUGCUUGCAGAUUGUUGGCGCGGCGAAGACGAUUGAGAAUCGCAUUCGCACUUCUGAUGCGCUCCGGCACAGCAUCGUUGUAAUCGGCAAGCCAAUGGUGUCAGUCGUGGCUUUUACCGCGAUCUCGAAGCCAAGGGACCCUUUCUACGCGUUAGAUAUCUACGAUGUCGCGGACGCAAUGAGUGCGAGAGGAUGGCAUCUGAACGCGCUGCAGGACCCGGCGGCAAUACACGUCGCGGUCACGGUGCCGAUUGUGGCGGUGGUAGAGGAGCUGUUGAAGGAUUUGGAGGAAGUGGUGGAUAGCGUUAGGGGCAACCCAACUGAGAAGAAGGGUGAUGCAGCGGCGUUGUAUGGUGUUGCUGGCGCGCUGCCAGAUAAGAGCAUCGUAAGGGAGUUGGCGGAGGGAUUCCUGGAUACGUUGUAUAAGACGUGA